UUUGCUUCUCAUGUUCUGCGGGUUUCAGAGCCACAUUACAAAAGAAAGAAUGGGCUCGAAUCAACGAAGCGUAGUGACCGUACUGGGGAUAGCAUCGAGUGAAGCCACCGCUGAAACACCUAAUGAAAGCAUGCCGAUGGUAUCCGGUACAGAGGUUUGUAAGUUUUGUUCCCAGAAGAAACACGAAGGAAACACAGUGGUGGAUUGUACACAAAAAAGAAGUCCAUUCUUUAUUUUUCCUCUAGAUGACUGUCCUAAAGACAUGCAUGUGAGUGGCGUAUUACAUGUAUUCGUGUUUAUCCAUGAUAGUUUCAUUGACUGAUCAGUUUCGUUUACUAAUUUCACCCUAUCUAGACGCUUAUUCUUGAUAAAGCGGAAUUUAAAUCACAAAUUCAACCUUACGAUGUCAGAUAUAUGAAUUACAGCAAGUUGGUCAAUUUAUACAUGAGAUCAGUAAAAUCUGUAUUUAAUUUCACCGAUCAUUUUUUUGAUUCGUUUGUCAAUCUGGAAGAACUCGACCUAUCUCAGACUAAGGUUGGAGUUCCCUCUAAGGAUUUCAAAUGGCCUCCAUCUUUGAAAAAAUUAUUCGUCAACCAUUGUUCGUUGGAUUUGUUGCCGGGUAUCGGAACUCUGCAAAAGCUCGAAGAAUUACACGCAAAUGGAAAUCAUCUUAGAGCUUUGCCAAAAAUUAAUCGAAAUGCUUCCAUAACGUUUAUUGAACUUCGCGACAAUCCAUUAGAUACGGUCGAUGUAUCCAUAUUGGCUCCUCUUUGUAAAUUGGAAUAUUUAGGUAUUAAAGUUUCAAACAGUGGAACACUGAAUCAACCGGAGCGAUUUUGUCAUUGUGCCAGAUUGAAAAAGUGGAUUAAAAUGACGUCACUUCGAGGCGAAGAAAAGUUGAUAUGCAAUUCAGGUAAUCAAAACCGUGAAGAGGAAUCUUGUGAGGAAGAACUCAUAUUCAGCGCUGAUAUAUUGAACGAUCAUAACCAGUGUUUGAGUAGAGAACCGCCUCCUUCGUUAUGGGAAUUGUUGCUGUUCGCUUUGUUUUUCUCUAUUCUGUUCCCCAUCAUUUAUUUUGCGUAUGAGGCGUAUAAUAGGUUCAAUGCCGCCCAUGAAGCACGUAGAUCUGUUGCAAAAGCACGACCGCAUUAUCCCGGAUCCCCCAUCGGAUCCAGUCGGUACAGUUCGGAACUUGAAGAAGAAUAUGAAAGCAAUCACGAAAGUCAAGAAAACGAGGAAAACAAAAGUUACGAGUCGUUGUACAUGAGUGAUGAUGGAGUCGAGCAUUUGGAGAGUAAUCGUGAUCGAAGCUGAGCUAAAUAUGUUUGGCGUUUUGCUUCUUAUGUUCUGCGGGAUUCAGAGCCACAUUUUAGAAGAAAAAGUUAGCUCGAAUCAACCAAAUGUGACGACCAUACUGGG